UGACCUUUUAAUUCGUUGUUUACUACUUGUAUCUUUUCUCAGUCCUACAUACUCCGGAUGCUCAUUUCGUAUCUACUAAUACUCUGCGUCAAGUUUGAAAGAAAAAGACGUUUCAAACUGUUUUAGUGAUUGUUAUUGUCACAGAAGCCGAGACUGUUAACCUUUUGAAACACUUACUAAAAUUAUUUGGAGAAAACGUGUCUACAUUAAUUAUUUUAGAAAACAUGAUAUUUUCCAAAACCGCAACAGUUUUAAUCAUCAUCUAUCUCAGAAUAACAUCUGUUAAUCUGUGUGUGCCCGCUGAGGAGGGAACUGAAUAUGUUCUCACCACCACAGUCCUAAAUAUACAAGGCCAUUCACAAUGGAACUGGUCACGUAAUGAAGAGGUCGUAGGUUCAUGUGAUAGCAACUCGCAAACCUGUAACACUUACUCACAAGACUUUAAGAUCACAGUUGAAUACUUAAACAACAAUCGUUUCAAGAGUAAACUCGAGAUUUACAAUGUUACCAGAGUUUCACCUCUGUUUGCUGAGAGUGUCUGGAGAUUUAUGGACGCCCGAAACACGGAACUAUUUCUGUGCGAUUUAAAAGUUUACUCUCGAUGGACACAGCCAGUUUGCUCACUAGUCAUUGGGGCCGACGGGUUAAACAUGACAUGUUCGUUGGCAAAAAUUUACCCCUCCAGUAGCUGCCAUCGAGAGUUAUUCAUAGACGAGGUUGAAAACUAUAACCUUGAUCGACUGGUAGUGUACAAUGAAGCUAUUGCACAUACGAUGCCAGUAUACUACAACUCAUGGUGCAGUUUGUUCAUCUCUGUAGACAGGUUAAGGAGAGGUGUUUAUAUUACUAGACUCUUCAUGAAACCAAACUUCGCUAACUCUUAUUUUCACCAAAGUUUGGUGCAUCAAACUACUUAUAAGACGUUAAUAGAUAACCCUUUGGUGUACACCGAAGUCAACUACACAGUACAAAACAGCGGGGUGUUUAUGUUGAAUUGUGCUUGUAAGUUCGCGGCUUCUAGUGGAGAAAUUAACUCUACAAUAAGAUGGUACCACAGGCGAUCAAAUGGAAUACAGUCCAUAAACUCGUCAGUGAUAUCUGUUGAUAUGGAGGAGAAUGUUGAAGAUUAUUAUUGUCAAGCCAUCAAUGUGAUAGGAAUGCAAAGUUCUGAAACACAAUGCAAAACAUCUCACAAAUAUAAUACAACAGCUUGCCCAAAAUUUUCGAAGUAUCAAAAUAUUUCCAAGGAGCUGGGAGAAACAGCAUCUUUUGAGUUUUGCCUGCCAACUGUUUUUAAAAUAACAGAAGUAUACAUAGACGAUUACUUGUUUUUGAUAAACAAGACCAAAGGCAACAUACAUAUCCGUUUAACCGAGGACAAAAAUGUCCAGAGUUUAACAAUUGUGGUCAGUAACUUGACCAAGCACGAUUUUAAACGUUACGUCGUCCAGAUGAAAUUCAUCUCUAGUUCUGGAGUUACGACGUCAUUUACAAUUAGUAAAGACUACAGCACUCAAGCUGGUGGCCACAAUUCACUAUUAUUGCAAACUGUGGGAUCUGUUAGUCUUGUUGUAGUACUGAUACUUUCAAUUAUGAUAUUAAUUUAUUGUGUAAAAGCUAAAGGGCGCACUUGUCUGACUAUGACACGGGCUGGUGUCAAACAGCCACACAUAUAUUCUGUGCCAUCUGACAGUCAUCUCUACAUGGCGGCCCAAAGUACUGACACACGGAAGGACGAAUCAGACAGCGAAAGCUACAUCGACAUCGAUGGUAAAGAACCCGAUCUCGAUUACAACAGAUACAAUUACUAUAUAGUAGAGACUAGAGAUGGAUCACCGAUUAAAACAAUACGAGAUAACAAUAACAUAUCGAUACCAGACUACGAGUACGUUCCUCUCAGGAGUUCACAAACUUUACAUGAAGAAUAUACUGGAACACUGGACUCUUAUUCCCUUCACAGUGAAUAGAUU